AUGUUGAUCGGAUCGGCCAACGUGAACCAGCGAUCGAUGGAUGGGCAACGAGACACCGAAAUUGCAAUAGGAUGCUACCAGUUAAACAAUGAUGAACACAAGAUCAGCCGUGGUGAUAUUCAUUCGUUCCGUGUGUCAGUGUGGUAUGAGGCUAUGAGCACACCGAACAAGCCGAGGAAUUGUUUCGAGAGCCUCAGA